GACCUUUUUGUAAGCUGCUGUUUAAAUCGGGAAAUCUUCAGAUAAGUUGACAUUAAAGGAGAUGAUUCUACAGGGUUAGGACACGGCUUCAGUCAGUACGUCAAUAUGUUCAGCUCUGAUCACCUGUGGUGUGGACCAACCAACCAUACACUCAUUACAAACGCGUCCUACGACUGGUCAUUGCUCAGCAAACUCAACGAGGACAAAGCAACGCUGUAUAUGCCUGUCAUCAUUUCGGUGGCUGUGUUGAUGGUGAUUGGUACUAUCGGCAACAUUCUUGUCAUUUACAUUUACAAUUGGCGUCUUAAACGUCGGUCGGCCAAUUUGUUUAUCGGCACCAUGGCAAUCUUUGAUCUUCUGAGUUGUGUGAUCGCCAUGCCAGUGGAGAUACUUGAUCUCAGUAAUCCCUACAUGUUCUACAGUGGCGCCAUUUGUAAACUGUUCAGGUUCGCGGAGUCAAUCACAGUUUAUGGAUCAGCUAUGAUCCUAGUCCUUAUAGCGUUUGAUAGAUAUUUCAAGAUAUGCAAACCUUUGAGAAUUCUACCUUUAUCUAGAAUCAAACUGAUGUGUGGUUUGGCGGGAUUUCUAGCAAUCCUAUUUUCUGUUCCGGCUUUUAUCCUGUUUGGAAUCACCUGCUCGGACACUUCCGUGAUCGGUCUUCGCGGUUACGACUGUUCCAUUAGUGAAGACUAUAAGGGAGGCCCUUUUCAGCAGGUCUACUUUACCACUCUCAUCAUAAUGUUCAUAGCAGCAUUUUCAUGCAUGAUCGGGUUCUAUAUCAGACUUUGGAUAGAAAUCAAACAUCGACGUGACACAGUUAUAUCUGAUCACGUGACAUCUCCAAAAUCACCGGCAGUGGUCAGGAAGUUCAAGGUCAGUAGAAACAGCACCAGUGAUGACGAGUCAGCGUCUAACAGUCAGGUAACGGCAGAAAUGUCCAAAAAGUCCAAGAGGUUGGCAAGCAUCGCAGAGACAUCUCCACAGAUCAAACUGAGCCGUACUACUCUGAUAUUUUUUUCUGUUAGCAUUGUUUUUAUUGUGAGUUAUCUUCCUGGAAUUGUGAUCAACAUAUUCCGAGCAGUGAAGCCAGACUACCAUUCGUCCAUGACUCCAGGGGAGGAGGUCAUGAUGAAGUUUCUAACUCGGACUUAUCUUAUUUCUAACUCGGCCAAUCCUUUUGUAUAUAGCUUCCUUAAUACAAACUUCCGGUCGCAAUGUAGAAAACUGUUCUCGUCAGUUGUGUAUUGUUGUAAACAGACAAUGGAGAGGGAAACAUCGCCUGGGUUACGAAAAAAGAGUAAAGAGUCCCAACAAAGUGGAACAGAAAGGUGA